CAGUGUGUAAAAAAUGAUGGAUGGGUUUUUGUAAAUUUCUUUUUAGUUUACGCUCUAGUUUAACAAAUUUCAAUGAACUGUGUUGUACUGAGGAGUGUGUGAAAAGUUUCAAUAAUCUCGGGUUCGAUAGUGUUACACGCGUAAUCUCGUGCGUAAGUUGCAAUUCGUGGCGAAAAGUUUUCGGGGCGCGCUGAAAGAAAGGAACUCUUGGUGUGCUGCCAUUCGAGGGGCGACUUGCAGUUUUUUCUCACUCGCACACACAAAACUGCGAGAAUAGCUGGCCAGGAAGCAACAAAAGUCGCAGUUGGAGUUGCUCUUCGUGCCCGGAAACCGCGCUGUUUUCCACCCACUUUUCCACUAGUGCUGCGCGACUACGCUUUCAUGUUGUAUCUGUGAUCCUUUUUCGAAGUGCUGUGUCACCCAUUUAGUAGCAAUUCGCGAGGCCGCCAAGGGACAGAUUUCGCGCCUGUGAACUAAGCAGCCCAGCCAUGUAUUGGGAUGGUUCCUACACGCCGUCUCAGCACAUCGAGGCGCUGCUCAACAAGGAGAACCCGCUGCUCACCGAGAUCCUCGAGGACCAGGACAUCCUGCAGGAGUGCCGCACACAGAACACCAAAUUGGUGCAGUUCCUGAAUCGCCCGGACAUCUUGGAGGAGCUCGUGACGCUGAUCAUCACGGAGCCGCCCGCAGAUGUGGCGGAGAGUGAGCGCUUCAAGCAUUCCAAUCUGGCGUGCGAGAUCCUCACGAGCGACCUGCCGUCCCUCAACCAGAGCCUCGUGUCGGAUCCCGCCAUUCUGCAGAAGCUGUACUCGUUCUUGGAGCGCAAGCCGCCGCUCAAUCCGCUGCUCAUGUCCUUCUUCUGCAAGACGUUCGGCAUGCUGAUCGCGCGCAAGCAGCACCAGGACUGGUUCGCAUAUCAGUACGUGUGCAUCACGGUGCUGGACUUCAUCAAGUCGCGCCAGGACUUUCUGGGCGCCAUGCUGCAGCACAUGGGCACGCCGGUGAUCAUGGACCUGCUGCUGUACAUCAUCAUGCACAUCCAGGGACCGGAGCUGCGGCAGAGUCUGCUUGAGUGGUUCAAUCAGCAGAAUCUCAUUGAACGCCUCAUCCAGGCGCUGGGCGCGGCGGACGGUGACCGUGAGCGGCACGAGAACAUCGCGCUCUUCCUCGUGGAGUACAUCCGCGAGGGCAGGCGGAAGCGGCAGACGGAGAAGGAGGAGGUCAAUCAGGUGGACAUGCUGCUGGAGACGCUGGAGGACGAGAAGACGGCCGAUCUGCUGCUGCGCACGAUUCUCGACGACGAGCGCCGUAGCGACGGCAGCAUUGUCGCCGGCAUAACCAUUAUUCUUGCCUUAAUUGAGUAUUUAACGACAAAUGAGCUUUCCGACGAUUCCGCCGUUCAGUAUCUCGUGAACAAGGAGAAGGAGCACCACUUGACGGUGGUGGAGAAGAUCCUGGGCGUGCUGAAGCUUCACGUGGGGAAAUUUCAUGAGCUCCUCCUGAAAUCACCGGCAAAAUCACCGAUGCUCGUGGAGGCGAACGUGGACAUUUUGCCAGCUUUCGGAAAUACAAGACUUCAUAUAUGCUGUCUAUUCACAGUAUUAAUAGAAACACAAGAUAGUGAUAUUAUCAAUGCAAUUUGUGCAACAGAUUUUUUUAACACAUUGCUCAACCUCUUUAAGCAAUACUGUUGGAAUAAUUUUCUACACAACCAUGUCAACAAGUGUCUGCGCUAUGCCCUCAAAGCCUUUGACACGGGCAUUGAUCAGGAGAACUUCAAAACUCUGUUGCAUUUGUCUGCCUUACAGAAGCACGUGGUGGUUGAUUGUCGGGUCGUGUCAAAGUUGCUGGACUGCUGGAUGUACAAUGAGAGUGAGCAGGAGAAGAAUCAGGGCCGCCGUCUCGGCUACAUGGGCCACCUGAUCCAGAUCCUCGACUCGCUGGUUUCAUGCUACACAAUGUCUGAGGAACUUCGUGCCUUAAUCGACUCGACUCUCACGGAGGACGAGAUGGUGCUGUGGCGGAAGAUUACUGCCGACGAGGAGGAGCGCUCGGGCGAGCUGACGGUGGAGAUGCGGCAGCAGAAGCGCUUCCUGGCCGAUCACAAUCCAUUUCAGGAUGACAACAACGUGGGACCCAAAGACUUCUACAACGAGGCAUCAGAUACGUUUAACGACUUUGGAGACACCAUGCACUCUGCAAUAGAUGAGAUACCGAACAUGGCCAACACUGAGGCCAUCGAUAACUUCUUCUCGGCUUACAUAUCAAGUGACCUGAGUUCGAGUAUCCUGAACACCCUGAAGGUGUGGCCGGAUGAAGAGGAGGCUUUCGAGUCGGAGUGGUCGAAGGAGGAGGACAGCAAGGAGGCCAACUUGGUGAAUUUCAUCAGUCCCUGGGACUCGAACGUGGCGCCGGUCAGGGAGCAGCCGCCACUGGUCGACUCCGGCUGGGCCAAUUUCUCCUCCGACAACUUCGCCGACUUCGACACGCACUUCAACCAGUUCAGCUCCGAUGGCGGAUUUCAGAGUGGCGCGAAUGAUGAUGGCGACAAGGAUGCGGAGGAGAUCGAGAGUCUGGAGGCGAGCAACGGCGCGGACAAGGAUGCAAAUGAGGCGGAAGAGGGCGACGUAGAGAAUAUUCCAGUGGUUGAGGAUGGCAGCAAAACUCCUGAUCAGACUGAAAAUGCAACUGAAGAUAAAACCUGCGAUGAAAAUGCCAAAAAUGGAGACAACUCUCACACUUUUGAAGAAGCUACUGAUGUGCCAUUAAGUGUCGCAACGGAGAGUACCAAUGAUGGUGUGAUUGGCGAUUCUGCGGAGGAGCCAAAGAGCAAUGAAGACAGUGCCGAUGAGAUACUUUCAAGCAAUGGACCAACUGAUAAUUCCAUUGAUGUGGAACUCAAGAAUUGCAACAACAAUGAAAUAAGCGAGUGCAAGAGCCAAGCGACUUCCGCAAAGGCCACAAUUGUGGAUGAGAACAAUGCCGCAUCGCUGACGACUGUGGAGAAUGGACCGGCUUAAGAGUGUGGAAUUUAGGAGCAUUGCGAUUCUGUUGUAGUUGUUGUUGAGAAAAACAAAAACACUUUCUUUCCAAAAUAAUAGAAUUAGAGAGACCGAAAAUGAACUCCCACCCGAUUUAGGAACUCUCAAUUUGAGCAGCGCAAUAGGUAAAGAAUUGGAAACUGUUUUAAUGCUCGCGUUUAUUCGACAGUGAAAAAGCGCGCGCGCGUGUCAAUGAUUGAACGGCGGAAACUUAUUUGCUACAAUCAUAUCAAGCAAGGAUUUCAUUUGUGAAUUGUAUCAAAAGAAAAGGAAAAGUGAAGCACGAAAGGUAGUUAAUGACAAUUAAGGAAGAAGAGAAUAAAAAAUUGAACAUACAAAGAUAAAAAUUGUAAUUAUGAAGUUAGAUAAUGGAAAUAUUUCUUAAGCUUAUAAAAGAAAAAAAAGGUGGAUGAUGAAAUGUGAUUGGAGAUUGAUGGAAUUCUCCGCAGAAGAGAAAUCUCUCAAUUGAUUUGCAUUUUUAAAAUUAAUUUAGUGAGGAGGAAAAACACAACUCAUGUCAAUGAGAGUAAAGAGAGAGAAAGAGAGAAAACUUGAUGAAAAUUAGGAUUAAAAAGUCUUCCGGGGGGAGUGAAAAUAAAAAAAAUCAGCAAACUAUCAAUUGAGCAGUUGAGAACCAUUCAAUUCAAAUUGCAACAGACUAUUUUAUAUAUAAUUUAUAUGAGAUAAAAGCUUUUAAUUUCAGCGCAUCUUCGAAAGCAAAAUGAAAGGAAAAAAACAAACAGAAUUUAAUUGAUUUUGUCAAAGUGUUUUUUGAUGAAAAAAUGAAGAGAUAAUUCCGCCCAAUUUUUAAGAAAUAAGAUAUAAAGUUUUUUGAAUUAGAAAAUACACUGGGAAAAUAUACCAAAAAAACAUGAGAUAUAAAUCUAAUGGUUAAAUAGCAAAACUUCUUCGUGUUAGUUUUUUUAAUUAAACAUCACAUUAUGCUGAGGUGUGAGGAAAACCAACACACACAAACACAGAUAGGAAAAGUGUAAACUAUAAAGUUAGAGAAAACAUGCAGGAACAAAAAUGGUUUAAAUGUGAGGUUUAGAGAUCAACCGACAUACUCAAAUUAUUCAAUACACGCUCUGAGGACUUAAAAGCGAAUGAUAAAAGUGCAUUAUAAAAUAUAAAUUAAUAUUUUUGUAGUUAUUUGCUUUUUCUAUAUAUUUCUAAUUAAUUGUAAAUGUGUAUUUAAACGUGGAGAAGAAAAAUAUGAACAAGAAUGAGUCACGUAAAAUGCAAAAGAAAAACCAGUAAAUUGAAUGAUGUUACUAAGAAAAAGAAGGGGGACAGAAAAGAAUGGUAAAACCAGUGAGAGAGGAGAGAAAGAGAGAAGCUUGAGGAAAAGAACGUUUUGUGUGAUUUAUUGCUCAAAAGAAUCAGUGACAAAUUUUUUAUAAUAAAUUCCACCCACCAUAAAAGAGAAGUAAAUAAAAUAACAUUAACAUUGAAGGAUAAAUAUUUCACGUAAUUCUCUUUAAUGAUAAAUAAAAUGCUGACGCUGUUCACAUAUUAAGUAAUAUAGACUUUAAAUGGGGGAUUAAUAAGACGUGAGAGGAAUGCAAAAGGACACCCAGAAUAACUCCUGAAUUGACAUUGAUUGUGCGUACAAAAUAACUAAUCAUCCUAAAAUGAGAGCUGAAUUUUGGGUUUGUUUUUUCUCUUAGUGUGUAAACAGCAAAAUUUCAUGAAAUAUGCACUCAAGAUAACAUGAAAAUGGACCAGUUAAUCAUACUUAAAGUUAAAUGACGAUGAGGAGGAGAUGUUUGAGGGCGAAGAAUUUGUGGAAGCAAAUGAAUUAGAAAGAAGAAAAAAAAACUACAUUUUGCACAAACUAUAAGUGAAUAAAAGAAGAAAAUUAGUAGAGAAGAAGAAAAAAGGUUAGCAACGUGGGAGAAAAGUUAUAUUGACAUUUUUUCUCUGUUCAUUCUGCAUUUUUUUUUUAAUUCUUUUCCUCCUUUUGAAGAAAAUAGACCAUGAGACACAAAACUUUGGGAAAUUGUCUUGUAAAACACGAUCUCAAAAGCAAUAGUUAGAGCCUGAAAGCGUGGAUUUAGAGAAAGUCAGGGACUUUCGGCGUAGAUUUUAGUGUCAUUUCCUCUGUGUUGUUUUGUUGCCCAUCAGCGCUUUUCACGGGACAAUUUCCUCAAGUCGCGUGUCGAGCAAAGAAACUACCUCAAAUCAUCAUGGAAUGAUCACGAUUUUCAUUUUCCUCAGCAUUAACGAGAGAUUCCCAGAGUGAAAGAGAGGAUGAAGGCUAAAAAGAAGAUGAAAUGAUGUCACAAGAAAGGUUUUUUUUAUGCUUAAUUUGGCUGAAUUUAAAAAUCCAUAUAAUAAAAUUGCAUUAAUGCAGACAAUGAAAACUUGUGGUGAAUUUGAGUUUUGAAAAGACAUGUUUGCGUGUGCUAAACAUUUAAUUUCCCCUUUUUGUCAAGCAUGAAUAGGCGAAAACAACUGCAAAACUUUGAUUUUUGGAUUAAAUAAAACGAUACAAAAAAAUGUGGCGAGAAAGCGAUGAAGAAAGAAGCGCAAAAAUGGAAACUCUAAAGAAAAAAAAACAGCAAAGAAACUUUAAAUUUAUUGUAUUUGAUGAAAAGAAGUGACAAAUUUUUAGAAAAACAUGGUGCAAUAAUGUGAUUUCAAGCAUUAAAAAUAAUUAAAGGAAAUUUAUAAACCAUUUUUUAUUAAGAGUUUUAAAAUGAUGAUGAAAAAAAGUGAAGAAAUAUAAACUGUGCCUAUAAAUAUAACCAAAAAAAAGUGGUGAAGACGGAAGAGUUUGUUUUCGAUUUUCCUUUCAAUUUUAUGUCUUUAAGUAAUGAGUAAAAAAAAAUGAAAACCAAUUUGAUGAGAAGAAAUCACGAUGAUUUUUCGUAUUGCAACUUAUUAUUUAACUUAUGGAGAUAAGAAAAACUAUGGUAAUGGACAAGUACAUAAAGAUAUAGUUUUAAAGCGAGAAAUAAGUCGUCGGGAGGCUGAAAAGUGGGCGGAAAUGAUGAAAAGUGCAGGUAAUUUAGGAGGAUUGAAGGAAAGAAUUUUUCCUUUUGAUAUUACCAUGUGAGGAAAAGUGGUUUAAUUUUGAGGGAGAAUAAUUUUACUGAGCGACUCUGCAGGUGAAAAAAAAUUAUGGAAAUGUAAAAGCUUAGAAUUUGUAUGUGUCUUAAAAAAUAUUAAUUCUUAAUCUCUAAGCAUAAAAAAGAGUCAAGAGGUAUUUUAAGGUAAAAGAAAAAAAAGAAACAUGACUAAAGUAGAAAAACAACACCCAAUGAAGAAUAUCAAUAAUUUCCUUCGGCACUUUAGCAAUUGCCGACUAAACUUCUUGUGGCUUGUCUGAGACUUUGAGGGAAUGCAUUAAAAAAGUUGAAGAAAAAAUAAGAAUUCUAUUCACUCUCCUGAAAAAUAAGUAAAUUUAAUAUCCAAAAGUGAUAUCAAAAAAACGACUCUGAAACGCAUAUCUCAAAUCUUGAUUACAUAUGAACAUUUUACAAAGAAAAAGAAGUUGAAAAAGAGAGAAAACAAUUAGAAUUUUCCUUUUUCCCAAGAUAAAAAAAACUUUUCAUUUCCAUAAAAGAUGUUCUUUUCCCAGAAAAAAAAAUGAAGAAGAAAAUUAAUAAGUGAAAUACCCAAUCGAUUGAAUGUGAGCAGAAACAGUGCGAUAUAAAAUGUGUAUAGAAGAUAAAUAAGACAGAAAAACCUAAUAAAUGUAUUAAGAAAUAUCUUUUUAGUAGAAGAGAGAGAGAUUAUGAGAAGGAAUAUUCAACUUUAGUAUGUGUUUUGACGACGUGAUAGCUUAAAAAAAAAUAUUAUUAAUGAGGAAUAAUAAGAAAGAAUAGUGUGACUAACUUAUUCAUCGCUGUUAUGUAUAAUGAAAGACAUAAAAAAAACACUGAAAAGUUACAAAAAAAAAUUAGUUGAAUCAUGAAAGAAAAAAUUGACGUGAAGAGAAGUUAUAACAAUGAAUUUCAAUUCCCGGUGCUCAUCUUCCUGCUUCAAGAAACAUCAUUGCAAAAGUGAAACGUUUAGGAACUCCAAGAAGUGAAACAAGAUGAAAGAAAAGACAGAGAAAACUAAAGAUGAUAGCAAUUGUGAGAAACAACGAAAGUUUUAAAUUACAAAUGUGUAAAAUCUUUGCAAUCAAUUAUUGCAUAUUCUAAACAAUUAUUAAUUUCUCCACAUGGAAAAGCACACACACACACAAGAAGCCAGAGAAAUGCAACAAUAACUUGAGAAACAUGAGACAUAAUGGACAAAAUGUGACCAAAGGAAAAGUCUUUAUUUAUUUGAUUGUUUGUGUUAUAGCGAGUUUUUCAUUCGGACAUCAGAAAAGCGCUUUGCAUAGAGAGAGAGAGAGAGAGAGAGAGCAAGAAAUGAAGGAGUGUAGCAAAAUUAUGAAAAUACAGCAACAGCAUUACCAAUAUUUACGGCAUAUUGAUUAAGUUAUUGAGUAAAAGAAAGGAAACCCAGUAAAACAGUGAAGAAAAAAUGGAAAAUAUCUUAAGUAUAUAAACUGCUAAAAAAAAGUUCUGUUAAACACACAAAAACACGUUAAUAGCAUUAGAAAGUAUAAUAAAUUUAAAACACCCACACACACAUUUCUAGAGAGGAGAAGAGAUGAAGAAGGUUUUUUUCCGGCAAAGAGAAGAUCACAGAGAAACUUUCUUGGGGACUGAUAAGAAACUCAACUUAUUUUUAAAAUAUCUUCCUGAGCUUUAAGAGAGUAGAUGUUUUCCUCCGUUUGUACUUCUUAAGAGAGAUGUGGUUUUACAAAACGGCGAAAAGUAGAUGCGAAAAUGGUCUCUAUUAUUGUGUAUUUUGUUUGUGUUUUAUUUUCCUCUUGAAAUCAAAGACGGUUCCUGCCAUAAAGAAAUACCUUUGUAAACUUUUAUUUGUUGCCUUUAAAAUAAUUCAAAGAGAUUGAAGUUUUCCGCUAAUUUGUAAAUGUGUGAAACUACUUUAAGAGCUAGAAUAAAUAUCCUUAAAAUAA